AAAUAAAAGUACCAUAUUUUCGCAGUUAGUUGAAAAUAACCUUGCCCAAGGUAGAAUCCCCGUUUAACCUAAGGAAAAGUAGAUCAAAUCUAUCAGACAACCUUUAAUAAAAUACUUAAUAUUAUUAUUAAGUGUAAGUUUGAAAUUUGGCGAAGUACAUCGUGCUUGUUUAAUACGUUAAAAAAACAAAAAUAUUGUGGAAAAAUGAAGUUUCUCGUAUUGGCCAUGGUUUUGGCAGUCGUUUGUGCAGAGAACAAACCAUCUGCAAAUGUUGUUUUAAAAACGGACACGGUUAGCGGUGUUGUCACGUUUACCCAGAUAGACGAUAAAACAGUUUCUAUUGAAGGCUCCAUUAGUGGACUCAAGCCUGGAAAACAUGGAUUCCACGUUCACGCAAAGGGAGAUUUAUCCAACGGAUGUGCUUCCGCUGCCGGCCAUUUUAAUCCGCUAAACAAAACCCACGGUGCUCCAGAAGACUCUAACCGCCACGUAGGGGAUCUCGGCAACAUUGUAGCCGGGCCUGACGGUGUUGCCAACAUCAACUUCAAGGACAACGUGAUUUCUCUCAGUGGCGCCCACUGCAUCAUAGGGCGCGCUAUAGUCGUUCAUGAGGGGGAAGAUGACCUUGGAAAGGGCGGGUUCAACGACUCUUUGACAACUGGCCACGCAGGAGGCAGGGUUGCCUGCGGUGUCAUCGGCAUUGUGGUAGAUCCACCAAACUCAGGAUGCAGUAUGUUAUAUUCCAAUAACAUGGGAACAUUUCUUACAAUAUUAACGACUGUAUAUUUUUUAAUAAUGUAAAUUAAUCUACUUUAUAAACCUAUGACUAACACAACUUAUUAUGUUUUAUAA